CAUAUCAGAGGCUCCUGUCCCAUCCCUGUAUUCAUACUGACAAAACCAAGAGGCCAGCUCGGGCAUGAGGAUAAAUGCCAUUUUCGUGGAAGGAAGAACCGCUGCUAUAAGCUGGCUGUACGAAGUGUCCGGAGAGCUUUUGUGAAGUCUACAAAGGCCAGAAGAGAGAAGAAGAGAUUCCUAAAAGCGCUCUGGAUCACUAGGAUUGAAGCAGCUUCUCUGGAACAUGGUUUGAAAUACCCAGCUUUCAUAAGCAAUCUGCUUAAGUCCCAGGUGGAGCUGAAUAGGAAAGUGAUUGCCGAUUUGGCUAUUUAUGAGCCGAAAACCUUCAAGUCCCUGGCUGCCUUAGCCCAGAGGAGGAGACAAGAAGGCUUCCUUGCUGCCCUGGGAGAUGGAAAAGAACCAGAAGGGAUAUUUUCACGUAUUGUACACCACUAUUGAUAUUAAAAGUCUGCAGAUAGGUGUUAUAAACAGGAACUUGUAUGGCAAAGUAAACUCCCUGCUUAGAUCGUAGCCAUGAAACAAAAUCCUCUUAAGGAUGGUUCUGGAAGGAGGACGGGGUGGGUCCGGGUACGAAGAUCACGCCUCGAUGACUUUUUUUUCCCCUUGUAUUGUUGUAAAUAAAGCGCGUUGAGGUCGAAACCGUGGUUUGAAGUCAGCAGUGGUACGUCAGGCCUGCGCAAGGUCCAGCGCUAAUGACGUGUAGCGUGCGUACGCAUGAAGGACUUA